ACAGCCAUUAUUUGCAGCAUACGGCCCGUGAGAUCCGCCUCUCUUCCCAUCAACCUGCGGCUCAUCCCGCUUUUCCAUUGGCCUUUUAUUCCAGUGACAGGCGGCUAUUCCUGAAGCGGCUUUAAUCGCAUCAAUUCCGCGUCUCCCUCGAUCCGAUCGGAAGCGACAGAGUUAAUUUCGCUCUUUUCCGCGCGCAGACGUCUAUUUAGCUCGGAAUCAGACCGUGCUUUAUUGGUAGACGGUCGGUUGCGCUCUAAUUCAAUCAGCGGCGGAUCUCGUUCGGGAGGUGGGGCCAGCGAACGGAACAGCGCGCAUCUCGGCGUUAUUUUCCAGUAAGUGCAUAUGGCUUCAUUUUCGUUUAAACAGCCAAGAAAAACAUGAGUGAUUCAGAGAAGCAAGCAGUCUCCCUUAAAGACAAGGGUGGAGUUGAGAAAAGGGGACGAGGAAGACCAAGGAAACAUCCAAAGGAGUCUAGCGGGUCGCCAACUGCGAAAAGACCAAGAGGACGGCCGAAAGGCAGCAAAAACAAAGGCCCAUCCAAGAGAAAAUCAUCGGCUUCUGGCAGCAAACCUAAGGGAAAACCGAAGAAAGAGGAAAAGGAUAAACCUCAGGACUCGUCUGAGGACGCUGAAGAAGACGACGAGGACGAGCAGUAACAAUCUAACCGGAGCACUACCUCAUACUCAACCAAACAAACCAACCAACCGUCUGCUCUCCAACCUGUGAAUAACGUGGAAUGUCAAUCGCGUCUUUCUACAGCCACAAAAGGACAGCGAUAGAUGUAGUAUUCUGCAUAAUACACGUCAUUAGAUCAAAUAUAAUGUAGAAAUCAGAAUCACACUGCGUACAAAUGUCGCGUGUUUCCGGUUACUUUUACUAUAUAUCUAUUGGACUGAGGUGCUUUUCUAUUUCUACUUUGUUUGUAGUUACGUUCAGUAAUUUGUGUGUCCAUGUUGUGGACUAGAUUUAGAUCGAGCUAUUAUUUAAUGCGUGACAUCAUGGGCUUAAUAGUUCUCGUAGAAUGCAUUCAUUUUGAAUGUAGCCGUUUACCGAUAACCGGUUACCUAGCUUUUCGUUAGUGUAUAUUACCGUGCAACCAUCAGUGAACAGGUUUUUAUAUUUUGUAAUCGGAUAUAAGUUACCCAGGCCAGUUUUGAGGGAGCGCGUAGAUUUAGCUUGAAGGAACAGUUCGGCCAAAAAAAAUGAAAAUGCAUGCAACGUUCCAUCGCUUGGAGUGAAUGGGUGCCGUCAGAACGAGAGCCCGAACGGCUGGUGAAAACCAAUCCACACCACUGCAGUCCAUCAGUUACCAUCUUGAGAAGCAGAAAGUUACGCGUUCGUAAGAGACAGAUGCGUCAUUAGAGCGUUUUAACUCCAAAAUGUUGCUUUUAGUUCAAAUCUAAUUCACAAUAUAGCCUCCUCCGGUGAAAAGGUCUUAUGUCAGGAGAGAGAUAUGUAAAGGUCAAACGCAAAUGUUUACAAAAACAUGAAAAAUAGAGCAUUUCUAAACGAGGCGUGGGUGGAUUUUGGUCUCAUUCUGACGGCACCCAUUCACUGCACCACAUCAGUGAACAAGUAAUGCAAAAUUUCUGAGAAACAAGAAUCAAACUACGCCAAUCCACGUCUUGGACGGCCCGAGGAGGAUUUUUUUGGGUGAACUAUUCCUUUGAAUGCAGCUUAUGUGACGUUUUCCGCUAGAAUCCCCAGGAAUCAGCAUUGAGGACAAUAGCAAAGGUUUGCAUUUGGACGUAUAAUUCUGUGUUCGUUCGUACUUGUCGCUAUUGAAGUUCAUGGAGAUAUUGUUCGAUUCGAAGCCAUCGCUGACACCGACCUUGCGGGUACAAAUUGCACUUUGAAACUGAUUCGCAGAAAACAGGCGUCUUUGCUGGUGUAUCGAGUUAGAAGACAUUCCAGCUAACACUACUGAUUUUUAUGAAUUCGGCACAGCACUUUGUGUUUCUCACACAGGCAAAAAGAGGUUUAAGGAUAAUCACGUGCUUGGCUUAUAGAAGUGGUUCUCAGGUGGUUUUGCUUCAGGACGCCAUCAAGUGGUGACUCAAGGUACCAAAAAGUAAAGUAAAAAAUCCUUAACCGAUCAUCGAAAUGUAUGGAUAUCACCAAUAAUACCUAACAUUCACAAACCACCUUCUUACAGCGUUUCCUCCAAGGACUGUUUGCAUCACAGGUCUCAGCUCAAGGUUCUCCACACCCAAGUGCUUUUGGAAUAUUUCUUUCAAAACGAUUUUAUUUUGAUCAUCCAGCCGCGUGCAUGACAGAUCACAACAGUGACGAUAAGCUGUGCUUCUCAAGGAUUCAGAUUUAUUCUUUUCAGGGUCCCUGCAAAAAUGACAUUAACUCCCUUGACAUACACGCGUUGAGCAAAAGUGCAAUCUAAAUUAUAGCCUAUAUGAGUCCUCAUCUUCUGAAAUGUUCACCUCAGGUAUUACGGUGUCAUGAACAGACAGCAAAAGCCCAAGACAGCGUCAAUCCCUUCGGUGGUAGAAAUAGCCUUUAUUCUGCAGAGAUUGUCCGUGUAGCAGUAAAUAGCCCACAGAGGCAUACGGUGUGCAUUUUAUUAAUACAAUAUUAGAGUUAUAAAACGUGUAUUAGAUUUAUAGACUUUAUUUGUAUGUAUAGUGUGUGUUGAUCUUAAUAAAAAAAUACUUUUUCAAA